AUGGCCUUUGAUCGCUACAUGGCAAUAAGUAACCCUUUGCUUUAUACAGUAAAUAUGUCUAGCCAGGUCUGCUACUUAUUGAUGGCAGGUGUCUACAUGGUGGGGGUGGUGGAUGCUCUGAUCCAUACUACUUUCACCUUCACUCUGAGUUUCUGCAGGUCCAAUGAGAUUAAUCAUUUCUUCUGUGAUGUUCCUCCUCUUUUAUUAAUCUCUUGUUCUGAUACCCAUGUCAAUGAGCUGGUGAUCUUCACUGUCUUUGGCUUUAUUGAAAUGGUCACCAUUUCAGUGGUUCUCAUUUCUUAUUGUUACAUAAUCUUGUCUGUGUUGAAGAUCCACUCCACUGAGGGCAGAUACAAAACAUUUUCAACGUGUAUUUCUCACUUAACUGCUGUCACAAUCUUGCAGGGUACAAUGCUUUUUAUGUACUUCAGGCCUAGUUCUGCCUAUUCACUAGAGCAAGACAAAAUGACCUCCGUGUUUUAUACUCUUGUCAUUCCCAUGUUAAACCCCUUGAUCUACAGUUUGAGAAACAAAGAUGUGAAAGGGGCCCUGGGAAAACUGAAAAAUAAAAUAUGUUCUUAA